AUGAGGCAAUCACAAGUUGAAGGCCAUGAGAGCACAGCAACGCCCGAAUGGACAAACAACAAUCCAACCCAGGAUGAGAUGGCUACUGACAACAGUGACGACGAGUUCGACGCUGGCGAGGAAUUCCGAGAUAGGGUUAAUGCCAUCAAGAACGGAGCCGACACGAUGUACAACCCCAUGAGCGAAGCACUCCCAAAGCUCCCAGCCUACCACCCUUCAUUCAUCAAAGCUGAGAGAUACUGUUCAGAAUUGAUGGAAGAUGCGGCUCUCGUCCUCAAGAAUGCUGAGUACAAAGAUACCCGGAUUCUGCAACUACUCGAGAAAGCGUCAAGCAACCAAAGUCUUGAGUAUCCCAAACCUAGAAUAGUUGGCUUGAUGGGCGAUAGUGGAGUUGGAAAAAGCUCGCUCAUCAACUCCCUUCUAGACACUCCCGAUAUUGCUCUUUCAGGCGCAAACGGCGAAGCUUGUACCAACGUGAUCACUGAGUACCACCAAGCGCAGCCGUCUCAGAAGACCCCAUUUAUGGCGGAGAUCAUCCUGUUUGAACCAUCCUCCAUGCAGCGAAUAUUGGAGAUUCAUCUUGGAUCAUAUUACCGUUACGUGCAUGGAUCCGUCGAAACCAUGGACCAAGAAGCCAUAGACGAAUUAAACGCCCAAGUCUCAACGGCUUUAGAAACAUUCCAAGCUUUGUUUGCGAAUCGGGAAGAUUUCAGUAAUGAGGAGCGUACGAAAGAGUUCCUUGAGCAGGCAAAAUCGGCAUCCGAUUCAGAGAUGCUGCAAAAGCUUUUUGGCUGGAUUCAGGAGUCCAUCUCAAAAUGUGGUGCUGAAGGUGGCAUCAUACGCCGAAGCGUUUACAGCCCUGAGGAGCUCGGAAGUGAAACUGAGCGAUUUAUUAAGUCAUGCAAACAUUUGCUCGACGAAAAUGACUGCCAUGUUCCUUCGCUAUGGCCGCUAAUCCAAAAAGUCAGGGUAUCCUUGCAUUCGCCGUUACUGAAGCGUGGUCUGAUAAUCACAGAUCUUCCAGGUCUUUCAGAUUUCAACACAAUCAGAACAACCAUCACGACCAGAUACAUGCGACGUUGCGACUUUGCGUUGUUGGUUGCGCCCAUCGCCCGCAUCCAAACAGAUAAUUUGGUCCAAAGACGACUUGGCGAGCUACACAGGCUGUUGGGAACUCGCAGGGCGCUGCUGUGUUCGAAGAUUGAUGAUGUGCCUGCUAAACAGAAGCCUUCGGAUCUUGAUGCCAAUCCACAGGAUAUCGAACAGCAUGAGAGAUUGAAAGCAGUGUACGACCACGUAUGCAGGGAAAAGAGUCGCUUGACUAGCUUGAAGAAGCUGGAGAGGGGAAAAGCAAAGCAAACUUUCACUCAGAAGAUUGUAGAUCUAGAGCUUAACAAGAAGAUCUACUCUGCGUUAUUGCGGGAAGGACUCAUCCUGAUGAGGAAUCGAAAGGUCACUACGAUCAUGCGUCAGAAGGAUAAAAACAUCACGCAAGAUCGUGCCCUACUCUUCGUCUUUGCGGUAUCCAACUCAGACUAUAUCAAGCACAAGGACGGUUAUGAUCUGUCCGAGGAAAUUCCCGUCUCCAUUCAUGUGACAGGUAUACCUCGUGUGCGUUACCAAUUGUCCAGGAUGCCAGCGAGAAGCCGGCUCCACGCCUUGAAGCACUACUGCCAUGGUACGGUAGAAGACAUGAUUGGCUCACUGCACAACUGGAGCCAACAGUCUAUAAUCCAACGGCGAGUAGAGCUUACAGAAUUGGUGGCGAAACCGCGCGCAGCUGUGGGAGCCGAAAUCUUCAAGUACGUUGCAGAAUUGAAGUCGGUCUUGGAAAGUUGCAUUCUGCAGGAGUGUGAAGAUUGCCAGGAAGCGUGGGUAGAGAACAGUGUUCGGCUGUUCGAGAAAUGGACGAAAGAGUGGCAUGGCUCGACCUUUGCAGCAUGGUGCCGAAAUAAUGGAGCACACAAGACCAAAGCCCGACCGUACGUUAGUUGGAACGCAGAGAUCUUGGGUCCGGUGUUCAAAGACCUGACAACCGCCUGGCAAGUAUUCGAUGACGGGAUUGCUAACGCUAAGGAGAACUGCUUCGCGGCCCUCGUCGGAUUGGUGGAUGGCAUCGGCGAGGAUCUGGCUGCUGAAGAGGGAAUCUCUAUGGAGCCAAUGGCCCCUUUCUUGUCCUCACUUGCUUCCAAGAAGACAUUGUUGCGCAAAUGCCUUGACGAUUUCUCGGUGAAGGUGAAGACCAUCAGCAGGGACACGAAAUUAAAUAUCACUAUGGAUGAUGAGGAUCCAGAUAGCUUCCUUCUACAGGCGAUGUCCCCACUCUACGCCAAGUGUACGAAAGUGACAGGCAGGAACAAGCAUAUGCAGAGAUGCACCUUACUGAAUGACGCAAUGUCGAAGGGAGGGCCCUUCGCUGGCUUUUGCUCAGGAAUCAAGAAGGCUAUUGAGGAGGAGAUCGAUAGACAACAGUCGGAAGUCUUGAGGGGCGUGCAGGGGGUCUUCAACAUGGUUCUUGAAGACUUCAAUUCAACAUUCACUGUCGAAGAGAUACCAGAUCCAAAGCGAGAUCUUCUGCGCUCUCAGAUCCAGCAAUUCGUCGACCACGCACAGGCCAAGAUCAACGGGCCUCUGGCAACUGAGCUGGCAACGGCUAUGGCGGAUUCGAAGUGA